UCACCGGACCACCCAAGCCAUCCACACCGUAGCCGGAGCCGGGCGCACGUAUAAAACCUACGCAGCCGCCCCGUCCCGCUCGCUAUACGGAGACAGCCGCCGGUAGGGUAGUAGCCGCGCGCGCGUGCACCGAUCCAUCCAUCCAUCCAUCCAUCCAUCCAUCCGAUCCAACACUACUAGCUACCGCGCCUGCGGCUGCGCCGUCGUCCACCGGCCACCGCCCGCGUGCGCUCGGCACCACACCAGCAGCUAGCACAAGAAAAAAGUCUGGCGUCGGCGGCGGCGCGCGGUUUGGCAGUCCAAUUCUUAUUGGAUCGGUGAACGACCCGAUCGCCAAAAAAAAGGGCAGUUGAAGAGCGGGCGAGGGAGCAGAUAGCGCGCGACCUUCGCUACGCGCGGCCGGGCAUUGCUGAUAACACCGUGAGUAGGCGUGAUGGGUGCUUGUGAUACCAAUAUGUGUCCUGUCCCCCGUUUUCGUGCAGUCUAACACCGUUUGUUGCUAAUAAUUCGUUUAUAAUUUAUAUAAGGGAUCAAGAACCUUUUUCUUUUUUUUCUUUUUGCUAUGGAUCAUUAAUUGCAAAUCUUUUGCAUAUUUGUCACACUCUUAAUACUACUUUUGAGCUCCUUGGUUCACGUCCGAUGUUUCUUUGUCCUCCAAUUUUGCAGGAUCCUGAGUUAAGUUGGGCGAGGAGAGGAGGUGGUUCAUUCCAGCAGGGGAUCCUUGGUAUUUGGGGGGUUGUUCUGUACUCUCUUUAAUUUGUGAGUCGUGAAAGGUUCUUGAAGUGCAAUUGUUAAGAGUUUUAGUUGUAGAGGAAGAAAAGGAUUUGCUAAUAUGGCGUUGGCAGGGACCUCCAAAGUAGUGCUGGGAUGUAUCGCGUUUGGGAUUUUCUGGGUGAUGGCCGUCUUCCCCACCGUCCCGUUCAUGCCUGUUGGGCGGACGGCUGGGUCCCUCCUUGGUGCUAUGCUAAUGGUCCUGUUCCGCGUCAUCUCCCCGGAGGACGCGUAUUCCGCGAUUGACCUCCCGAUCAUCGGCCUGCUUUUCGGGACAAUGGUCGUCAGCAUCUUCCUUGAGAGGGCUGACAUGUUUAAGUACCUCGGAAACCUGCUCUCGUGGAAGAGCAGAGGCAGCAAGGACCUGCUGUUCCGAGUCUGCAUCGUGUCCGCGUUUGCCAGCGCGCUUUUCACCAAUGACACAUGCUGUGUUGUCCUCACUGAGUUCAUCCUCAAGGUUGCUAGGCAAAACAACCUGCCACCACAGCCUUUCCUUCUGGCCCUUGCCACUAGUUCAAACAUCGGCUCUGCUGCGACGCCGAUCGGGAACCCUCAGAACCUUGUCAUAGCUGUGGAGAGUGGGAUCUCAUUUGGCCAGUUCUUGCUGGGAGUUUUUCCAGCUAUGAUUGUUGGGGUUCUGACAAACGCUGCUAUCCUCCUUUUGUACUUCUGGAAAUACUUGUCGGUGGAGAAGGAUCAGGAGGGUGGGCAAGCCACAGGACCAGAGGUGGUUGCCGACGAUGAGGUUACUUCUCAUCGGUUCACACCGGCUAGAAUGUCACAUGUUUCUUCUCUGAAUCCAGAUGAUGAGGAUUGCAUAAGUGAACCAAUCAUCAGGAGCAACAGUGUCAGAUCUAGUGUGAAUGAGAACCUGAGAAGCAGAAGCGUCAAUUCUGAGGCUGACAUUCAGCUUGCCAUCAAGUCUCUGCGGGCAUCAAGCAUGUCGCAUGAGGUGGUAGAGGUCUCGACAGUCCCUGAUCGGAAAGAUGAAGGUGCAUCCUCAAGGAAGUUCACAAGAAGUGCUAGCCAGCAAAGGAGUGUGAUAAUAGAGGAUUUGGCACCCGCCCCAGAGAUGAAUGGGGAAAAGGAGAAAGAAACUGAAGUUGCAGAGAAGAGAUGGAAAAUACUUGUCUGGAAGACUGCUGUUUAUCUUAUCACUCUUGGUAUGCUCAUUGCACUUCUAAUGGGACUGAACAUGUCCUGGACUGCAAUCACUGCGGCUCUUGUUCUUCUGGCACUUGAUUUUACGGAUGCACAGGCUUGUCUUGAGAAGGUGUCAUACUCACUGCUGAUCUUUUUCUGCGGGAUGUUUAUCACUGUUGAUGGAUUCAAUAAAACGGGCAUACCAAACACACUAUGGGAGUUAGUGGAACCAUAUUCACGAAUCGAUAGUGCUAGAGGUGUUGCUCUUCUUGCUGUGGUGAUUCUCAUCCUUUCAAAUGUGGCCUCUAAUGUUCCUACAGUCCUGUUGCUCGGUACAAGAGUUGCUGCAUCAGCUGCUGCGAUUUCUCAUGGUUCAGAGAGGAAAGCCUGGCUCAUCCUUGCAUGGGUCAGCACCGUGGCUGGCAACCUCACCCUUCUCGGUUCUGCCGCGAAUCUGAUUGUCUGCGAGCAGGCCAGGCGUGCCCAGUUCUUCGGCUACAACCUCACCUUCUGGAGCCACCUCCGAUUCGGGGUCCCGUCGACCAUCAUCGUCACGGCGAUUGGGCUACUCAUCGUCAUCAGUUACUGAAGCAGCUGAAGGCAGAAGAGCAUAGUGUACGAGAAGCAGAAUGGAUAAAAAUCCUUCCAAUAAGAAGUACAUGUAAAUUAGGCUUGCUCUAUAACUCAAGUGUGUAUCAGUACGUUUAUGUCUCCGUCUGUGCUGCUGCUAGUGAGCAGACAGCACAUGGCUGACCGUGUAGCUUGCAUUUCCAUUGCAAAAUAGGGUUAAUGAAGAAUGCUUUGGUAAUAUGAUUUUACAGUCUGACAAGACUUGUGAAGCAGAGAUAGUGUACCAUCAAGAGAAUACUUCUGGAAGCAUAUGCGAAAUUCAUAUA